UUAUUUCAGAUUCGCGGCUAUUUCUUCUUCUUCUCCAAAAACCUAGUUUUCGUCUAGAGUUCUCCAGUAUUCAGAAUCACGUCGGCAUCACUUACGGCAGUCGGCCGUCGGCACGACUCAAGCUCACGGUCCUCACCACUCACCAAAACCUCAGGCACUCGGCACAUCACGGAUCAAUCUCCGUCCAGCGGUCCAGCCGUCGUCCAGCUUGAAGGAUGGCGAAUCUAGGUGGAGGCGCUGAGGCCCAUGCUCGUUACAAGCAGUAUGAAUACAGAGCCAAUUCAAGUCUUGUUCUCACUACAGAUUCUCGGCCAAGGGAUACUCAUGAGCCCACGGGUGAGCCAGAGUCUCUCUACGGGAAGAUUGAUCCGAAGAACUUCGGAGACCGUGCUUACAGGGGAAGGCCGCAGGAGCUUGAUGAGAAACUAACCAAGUCUCGGAAGAAGAAGGAACGUGAUUCUCUCACAUCUGAGCCUGUUCCUAGUAGGCAAAGCAAAAAGAGGCGUUUGGAGGAGAGCGUUCUGUUGUCUACUGAUGAAGGUGUUUACCUGCCAAGGACGAAGGAAACUAGGGCAGCGUACGAGGCUAUGCUUAGUGUUAUCCAGCAACAGUUAGGUGGGCAGCCGCUGAAUAUUGUAAGUGGGGCAGCUGAUGAGAUUUUGGCUGUGCUUAAGAAUGAUACAUUUAAGAAUCCUGAAAAGAAGAAGGAGAUUGAGAAGCUUUUGAACCCUAUUCCCGGAAAUGUGUUUGAUCAGCUAGUUUCGAUUGGAAGGCUUAUUACUGAUUUUCAUGAAGGCGGGGAUGUUGCCGGAUCUACUGCAGUUAACGGUGAUGAUGCUCUUGAUGAUGUCGGUGUUGCAGUGGAGUUUGAAGAGAAUGAGGAUGAGGAGGAAGAGAGUGACCUUGAUAUGGUGCAAGAGGAUGAAGAGGAGGAGGACGAUAUGUUAGAUGGCCAUGGCUCAGGUGCUAUGCAAAUGGGUGGAGGAAUAGACGAAGAUGAUGCCCUAGAAGGUAAUGAAGGGAUGGCCCUCAAUGUGCAAGAUGUUGAUGCCUAUUGGCUGCAAAGAAAGAUCUCCUUGGCCUAUGGGCAGCAAAUUGAUCCACAACAGAGCCAGAAACUAGCAGAAGAGAUACUAAAGAUUCUUGCUGAAGGUGAUGAUAGGGAGGUUGAGAAUAAGUUGUUAGUGCACCUACAGUUUGAUAAGUUUAGCCUUAUAAAAUAUCUGUUGCAGAAUCGGCUCAAGAUUGUCUGGUGCACAAGGCUCGCUAGAGCCGAGGACCAGGACCAGAGGAAGACAAUUGAGGAAGAAAUGAUGGCUUCGGGGCCUGAAUUUAAUGUGAUUCUGGAGCAGUUACAUGCCACUAGAGCAACUGCAAAAGAGAAGCAAAAGAAUUUAGAGAAGAGUUUAAGAAAGGAGGUUCGUCAACUGAAGGAUGAUAGUGCCAUCGAUGAAGAUGAUGAAGACAAAAUAGGGUUUGUGGAUAAAGAUGCAGACAGUGGCUGGUUGCAGGGCCAACGCCAGAUGCUUGAUCUUGAUGACCUUUCAUUUCAUCAAGGUGGUCUCUUGAUGGCGAAUAAGAAAUGUGAACUGCCCACUGGAUCUUAUAGGAACCAUAAGAAAGGAUACGAAGAAGUUCACGUCCCUGCCUUGAAGCCAAAGCCUCUUGCUCCUGGUGAGGUGCUCAUAAAAAUUGCUGACAUGCCAGAUUGGGCACAACCAGCCUUCAAAGGGAUGAACCAGUUGAAUAGGAUUCAGAGCAAGGUUUACGAGACAGCUCUAUUUUCGGCAGAGAAUAUCCUCCUAUGUGCACCCACAGGUGCUGGUAAGACUAAUGUUGCUUUGUUAACUAUUCUCCAACAGAUUGCCUUGAAUAGGAAUGAGGAUGGGUCUUUUAAUCACUCCAAUUACAAGAUUGUAUAUGUUGCUCCCAUGAAAGCACUUGUUGCAGAAAUUGUUGGCAAUUUUUCAAACCGUUUGCAGCAAUAUGAUAUUAAUGUAAGAGAGUUGAGUGGUGACCAGUCACUUACCCGCCAACAAAUUGAAGAUACCCAAAUUAUUGUUACAACUCCAGAAAAAUGGGAUAUCAUCACAAGGAAAUCAGGUGAUCGUACUUAUACACAGCUGGUUAAACUUCUCAUCAUUGAUGAAAUUCAUCUGUUGCAUGACAACAGAGGGCCAGUUCUGGAGAGCAUUGUGGCUAGAACUGUUAGACAGAUUGAAACAACCAAGGAGCAUAUUCGAUUAGUUGGCCUGUCUGCUACACUACCUAAUUAUGAGGAUGUUGCCGUGUUCUUGCGUGUUAAUCUUGACAAGGGUCUUUUCCAUUUUGAUAAUAGCUACAGACCUUGCCCUCUUGCCCAACAGUAUAUUGGAAUCACGGUGAAGAAGCCACUUCAAAGAUUCCAACUGAUGAAUGAUGUUUGCUAUGAGAAGGUUAUUGAUAUUGCAGGAAAACAUCAGGUCCUGAUUUUUGUUCAUUCGAGGAAAGAGACAUCAAAGACAGCUCGUGCAAUUAGAGAUGCUGCGCUUGCCAAUGAUACAGUAAGCAGAUUCUUGAAGGAAGAUAGUGCGAGCCGUGAGAUCUUGCAAAGUCACACAGAACUUGUCAAGAACAGUGAUCUUAAAGAUUUAUUGCCCUAUGGUUUUGCUAUUCAUCAUGCUGGGAUGGCUCGGGCUGACAGGCAACUUGUUGAGGAUCUCUUUGCAGAUAAGCAUGUGCAGGUGCUGGUUUCUACUGCCACUCUAGCUUGGGGUGUCAAUUUACCUGCACGGACUGUGAUCAUUAAGGGAACCCAGAUCUACAAUCCUGAUAAAGGAGCAUGGACGGAAUUGAGCCCUUUAGACGUUAUGCAGAUGUUGGGACGUGCAGGCAGGCCUCAAUACGAUUCUUAUGGGGAGGGAAUAAUUAUAACUGGUCAUAGUGAACUUCAAUAUUAUCUUUCUUUAAUGAACCAGCAACUUCCAAUAGAGAGCCAAUUUAUCUCCAAAUUGGCAGAUCAACUGAAUGCUGAAAUUGUUCUUGGAACGGUUCAAAAUGCUAAGGAGGCAUGCAACUGGCUGUAUUACACUUAUCUUUACAUUCGCAUGAUGCGUAAUCCUCAACUUUAUGGUCUCCCAGCUGAUGUCCUUGCCAAAGACUUGUUAAUGGAGGAGAGGAGGGCCGACCUUAUUCAUUCUGCUGCCACAGUUCUCGACAAGAACAACCUCGUCAAGUAUGACCGAAAGAGUGGAUAUUUCCAAGUUACCGACUUGGGUCGCAUUGCUAGUUACUAUUACAUAACACACGGAACAAUCUCCGCUUACAAUGAGCAUUUGAAGCCAACAAUGGGUGAUAUUGAGUUAUGUCGACUGUUUUCUCUUAGUGAAGAGUUCAAAUAUGUAACUGUGAGACAAGAUGAGAAAAUGGAACUUGCAAAGCUUUUAGACCGUGUUCCAAUUCCAAUCAAGGAAAGUCUAGAAGAGCCCAGUGCCAAAAUCAAUGUCCUUCUUCAAGCUUACAUUUCACAGUUAAAGCUUGAAGGACUGUCAUUGACAUCUGACAUGGUGUACAUAACACAGAGUGCUGGGCGACUCAUGAGAGCGCUUUUCGAGAUUGUCUUGAAAAGAGGAUGGGCACAAUUGGCUGAGAAGGCCUUGAACUUGUGUAAGAUGGUUGGAAAGAGGAUGUGGAGCGUACAAACACCACUUCGGCAAUUCCAUGGCAUUCCCAAUGAAAUCUUAAUGAAGUUAGAGAAGAAAGACAUUGCCUGGGAAAGAUAUUACGAUCUUUCCUCCCAAGAGUUGGGAGAGCUGAUCAGGUAUCCUAAAAUGGGUCGGACACUUCACAAAUUCAUUCAUCAGUUCCCAAAGUUAAACCUGGCUGCCCAUGUUCAACCGAUCACUCGAACAGUCCUAAGAGUCGAGCUCACAAUCACCCCUGACUUUCAAUGGGACGACAAAGUUCACGGGUAUGUGGAACCAUUCUGGGUCAUUGUUGAGGAUAAUGACGGCGAAUAUAUUCUUCACCACGAAUAUUUCUACUUGAAGAAACAGUACAUUGACGAAGACCAUACUCUAAACUUCACAGUACCAAUCUAUGAACCGCUCCCCCCUCAGUACUUCAUAAAGAUUGUUUCAGAUCGAUGGCUUGGAUCGCAAUCUGUGCUUCCCGUUUCUUUCAGACACCUUAUUCUUCCCGAGAAGUAUCCUCCCCCAACCGAGUUACUAGAUCUCCAACCAUUGCCUGUGACUGCGUUGCGAAAUCCAUCAUACGAAGGACUUUAUCACGAAUUCAAGCAUUUCAAUCCCGUUCAGACCCAAGUCUUCACUGUCUUGUAUAACACGGAUGAUAAUGUUCUCGUUGCAGCACCUACGGGAAGUGGGAAAACAAUUUGCGCAGAGUUCGCCAUACUGAGAAAUCAUCAGAAAGGAGCCGAUAGUAACAUGCGAGUGGUCUAUAUAGCACCUAUUGAAGCUUUAGCUAAGGAAAGAUUCAUCGAUUGGAAGAAGAAAUUCGGGGAUGGUCUCGGAUUAAAGGUGGUCGAGCUAACCGGUGAAACUGCUAUGGACAUGAAACUUAUUGAGAAAGGUCAGGUUAUUGUAAGCACUCCCGACAAAUGGGAUGCUUUAUCUCGAAGAUGGAAACAGCGUAAGCAUGUGCAACAGGUUAGUCUUUUCAUUGUGGACGAACUUCAUUUGAUUGGAGGUCAAGGCGGUCCGAUCCUGGAAGUUGUCGUAUCGAGAAUGAGGUAUAUUUCAAGUCAGAUUGAGAACAAGAUUCGAAUAGUGGCUUUAUCUACAUCACUCGCGAAUGCUAAGGAUCUUGGUGAGUGGAUUGGAGCUACUAGUCACGGCCUGUUCAAUUUCCCUCCUGGUGUUCGACCAGUUCCUCUCGAAAUACAUAUCCAAGGGAUUGACAUAGCGAAUUUCGAAGCAAGAAUGCAGGCAAUGACGAAACCAACAUAUACUUCUAUAGUACAGCAUGCCAAGAACGGGAAACCGGCUUUAGUAUUUGUUCCUACUAGGAAACAUGUCCGACUAACCGCAGUUGACCUAAUGACGUACUCUAGCAUGGACAAUGCUGGGAAUCCAAUGUUCUUGCUGCAGACUUUCGAUAAAGAUAUAAAUGAAGAUGAUAUAAAGGAGCCAAUGUUGAAGGAGACUUUGAAGUACGGUGUUGGAUAUUUACACGACGGUCUGUCGGAUACCGACCAAGAUAUCGUCAGAACUCUUUUCGAAACGGGUAAGAUUCAGGUUUGCGUGAUGAGCUGUUCGAUGUGCUGGGGAAUACCGUUAACUGCUCAUUUAGUUGUCGUAAUGGGAACUCAGUAUUACGAUGGUCGUGAAAACGCUCACAGCGAUUAUCCAGUUACAGAUUUGUUACAGAUGAUGGGUCAUGCUAGCCGGCCUCUAGUCGAUAACUCUGGAAAAUGCGUCAUUCUUUGUCACGCGCCUCGUAAAGAUUAUUACAAGAAAUUCCUGUACGAAUCGUUUCCAGUGGAAAGCCAUUUACAGCAUUUUCUACACGAUAAUAUGAAUGCCGAAAUCGUGGUUGGAGUCGUCGAGAAUAAGCAAGAUGCGGUUGAUUAUCUGACUUGGACCUUUAUGUACAGGAGAUUGACUCAAAAUCCGAAUUAUUAUAAUCUACAGGGUGUCAGCCACAGGCAUAUGUCGGAUCAUCUCUCUGAGAUUGUGGAGAGCACUCUAACCGAUCUUGAAUCGAGCAAAUGCAUUUCGAUUGAAGAAGAGAUCGAUCUAUCUCCUCUCAAUUUGGGAAUGAUUGCAUCCUACUAUUACAUAAGCUACACCACAAUUGAACGGUUCAGUUCCUCCCUAACUGCCAAGACGAAGCUGAAGGGUCUUUUGGAGAUUUUAUCCUCCGCUUCUGAGUACAGUCUGCUUCCUAUUCGACCUGGGGAAGACGAUUGGUUGAGGAAACUAGUUCAUCAUCAGAGAUUCUCGUUCGAGAAUCCGAGACUAACCGAUCCCCAUGUGAAAGCUAAUGCAUUACUUCAAGCUCAUUUCUCAAGACAGACAGUCGGUGGGAAUCUCGCCUCCGAUCAACGCGAGGUUCUGUUAUCCGCUAACAGACUACUUCAAGCUAUGGUGGAUGUUAUAUCGAGCAACGGUUGGCUCAGCCUGGCUCUUCUAGCUAUGGAGGUUAGCCAGAUGGUUACCCAAUCCAUGUGGGAACGUGACUCGAUGCUCCUGCAACUCCCCCACUUCACUAAAGACGUGGUUAAGAAAUGUAACGAGAAUCCUGCUAAGGCAAUCGAGACGGUUUUCGAUUUAGUCGAGAUGGAGGAUGAGGAUCGUCGCGAUCUCCUGCAGAUGUCGGACUGGCAGUUGAUGGACAUUGCGAGAUUCUGCAACAGGUUUCCGAAUAUUGAUUUGACUUAUGAAGUUAUUGAAGGGGAGAAUGUUGGUCCCGGGGAUGAUGUGAGUUUGCAGGUGGUUCUCGAGAGGGAUUUGGAGGGUCGGACUGAGGUUGGGGCGGUUCAUGCUCCUAGGUACCCUAAAACUAAAGAAGAAGGGUGGUGGUUGGUUGUUGGGGAUACCAAGACUAAUCAACUUUUGGCUAUUAAACGAGUUUCGCUCCAGAGGAAGUUAAAGUUGAAGCUUGAUUUUACUGCCCCUAGUGAACCUGGGAUGAAGAACUAUACGUUGUAUUUCAUGUGCGAUUCUUAUUUGGGUUGCGAUCAGGAGUAUAGCUUUGCGGUUGAUGUUAAGGAAGCGGGUGCAAUCGAGGAAUGAUAAUGUCGAGGAUCAAACAACAAAGGUGGAUUUCAACUGCUCUUAUGGAGAACCGUGAUCGAAGAACUAUACAUUGUUUUGUAUGUGCGACUCUUAUUUGAAAGUUGCGAAGAAUUUGUAGUGAUAUUAUUCUAUUUUCUAGCUAUAAGAUUAUGAUGUCUCUUUAAUAAAGUACAUUUUGUAAGAUGCUACUGAGAAUGGUAACUUUGUAUUGUUUGAGGUUGAUUUAGUUAAUCUGGUGGUGGUUCAGAAUGUUGAGGAACAGACAACAAAAUGUUACCACUUUUCAUCA